CGGUGUGUGAGAUCCAUGGAGCAGGUACUCGAGGAGAGAGGCCUAUUGGGCAGGUGCUCCGGUCCAAUCAGCGCUCUCCCCGCAGCGGCAUGGGAAGAAGAAGGAGCUCGGAGGCGCAGUCAACUCGGUGCGCACUUGUGCAACAGAAACCCUCCCGAGUGCGCACACGGACUCCAUGGAUCCGGGCAAUUUGCAGCACUGUUGAGUUUUGGAGCAGCAGCAGCAGCAGCAGCAGCAGCAGCAGCAUCUCCACCGGACACCCAACCUCCACACACACACACACACACACACACACACACAGCGUGGUCGACCACCAUGCGUCUCUGAGACCGGGGGGGCGGGGGGGGGCGGCGGCCACAAGAGGAAGAAGACAAAUCCGAGUGAGCACUUUCCUUCGGUGUUAGAGUCCUUGUUUAUUCCCCGCGAGGAUGUUCUCGUCGGCCGGUAAGCGCUGCUUCACCAUCGAGUCCCUGGUGGCCAAGGAGAGUCCGGCCGAGGACCCCAUCCGUCCCACGGCCCUGAGUUACUCCAACCCGACCACCGACGCCCUGAUGAGCGGUUACCAGGCUCCGCCGCCGACGCGCUCCCUCUACCAGAGCCCGGACCUGGUGUUCCCGGAGACGGUGGGCCACCCGUCGCUCGCCGUGUCCCCCCCCCACCACCACCACCACCACCACCACCAGCUGCAGCAUCCGCACUUCUUCGGGACGCAGCACCGGGACCCGCUCAACUUCUACCCGUGGGUGCUGCGCAACAGGUUCUUCGGACACAGGUUUCAAGGUAACGAGGUGUCCCAGGACAGUCUGCUCCUCCACGGUCCGUUCGCCCGGAAGCCCAAGCGCAUCCGCACCGCCUUCUCACCGUCGCAGCUGCUCCGCCUGGAACGAGCCUUCGAGAAGAACCACUACGUGGUGGGAGCCGAGAGGAAGCAGCUGGCGAACAGCCUCAGUCUGUCGGAGACGCAGGUGAAGGUGUGGUUCCAGAACAGACGGACCAAGUACAAGCGACAGAAGCUGGAGGAGGAGGGACCGGACAGCCAGCAGAAGAAGAAGGGAAACCACCACAUCAACAGAUGGCGCCUCGCCACCAAGCAGGCCAACUCCGAGGACAUUGACGUGACCUCUGAGGACUAAACCCUGCGACCCCCCCCCCCCACCUAGACCCUGCCUACCCGUCCCCCCUCCCUGUCUGACGCACCAGAGGACCAACUAUUUAUUAUGUAAUAUUAUUAUAAGUAUAAUUAGACACAUUAGAGGAACACACACACACACACACACACACACACACACACACACACACACACACACACACACACACACACACACACACACACACACACACACACACACACACACACACACACACACACACACACACACACACACACACACACACACACACACACACACACACACACACACACACGACUCUUCACUGGGGUGCAACGAUCCGAGACACUGGGAGAAAAGAAAACAUAUUUAAUGAGAUCCGUUCUGAAUUCGACUGGACGAGUCGUUGGUGCGACAACGGAAGACGAAGAGAAACAGCGUCGACCUCUAUCAUAGUGUUUUUAUUUUAUUUUAUUGUACAUAGGCCACUUAUGAAAGGUUGUUGUUGUUGUUGGGUUUUUUUGGAAAGAGGCUCUUUGUUUCAUUAAAGCUGUUUUUACCA